AUGGUACCAGCGGCGAAUGCGGAGAACACUGCGGAGAACAUUGCGGAGACAGUCAUCAGCAGCAGUGACACAACAGGCCUACUCUCCACGGUCUCACACCAAUCCACUCAGCCAGUGCAAGAGAAGUCAAUACAGCAGGCGAAUGCGGAGAACACUGCGGAGAACAUUGCGGAGACAGUCAUCAGCAGCAGUGACACAACAGGCCUACUCUCCACGGUCUCACACCAAUCCACUCAGCCAGUGCAAGAGAAGUCAAUACAGCAGGCGAAUGCGGAGAACACUGCGGAGAAACCAAGCGGCAACAAGGCCCCCAGCACCAAGAACACGGCUCAGCUCUCCAAGAUCCCACGUCAUAUGCUCUCCACGGUUCCACAUCAAAUCAUCACUCAGCAAGCGGAGAACACCACUACAACUUGGCCUAUCAUCCCCACUACAUUGAUAUAA